UUAGAUAUGGCUUUCAGCUAUGCCCGAAGGCGAUAAAAUAACACAGGCUACAAAUAUUUAUCCUGAGGAUUUUGCAAAUAACUGGCAUUUGACAAUUGCUUGUUCAUAUUAAAGGUCUAUAAGGUUUACGGUAUUCUGCUGCAGUAAAAUGAACGAAUUGAAAGAUAAAGUUGUUGUAAUAACAGGGGCAUCGAGUGGGAUUGGUGAGGAAAUAGCUUACACGUUUGCAAAACAAGGAGCCGCAUUAGGUGUGUGUGGUCGAAACAAAGAAAAAUUGGGAAAGGUUGCAGAACAGUGUAAAGCACAUGGAGCAGGCAAGGUCAUUGAAAUUAUUGGUGAUUUGAUGAAGUUGAAUGAUAUAGAUCAAAUGGUUGAGGAGGUCGUAUCAAAACUGGGUGACGUUGAUGUUCUUAUCAAUAACUGUGGUGCAAUUGUGAACGGAGGAAUUGAAACGCCAAAUGUGGAGGACUUCGACAAAAUAUUUCAUGUUAAUGUUCGAGCACCGUUUUAUCUCACUCAAAAAUGCGUUCCACAUCUUAAGAAAACGAAAGGUUGCGUUGUGAAUAUAUCAACUCUCCUAACAAAGAUAUGUGAAACAAACAACUUGCUUUACAGCAUGGCAAAAUGUUCGAUUGACCACUUUACCAAGUCUACUGCUCUUGAGCUUGCAAAAUAUGACAUACGUGUGAAUAGUGUCAACCCAGCGGUAGUGCUGACUCCGAUAUUACAACAAAUGUUUAGUCCGGAAAAGCUUUCGGAAGUCCUUGGUGAAGUUGGUCCAAUGCAUCCUCUUGGAAGCAAAUGCUUGUCAACACAAGAGAUUGCUGAUACUGUAAUCUUCCUCUCAACAUCCGGAGCAAGAUGCAUCACUGGAACCUGCCUUCUUGCGGACAGAGGACGGGGUGUGUUUGGUAAAUAAGUUGCACUUCGAGCGUAUAAGAUCGCAUAAACAAAUAUACUACACUUGCAUACAAACUGAUUUAGUCGUGUCUGGCCUAUAUACACAUCUGCAUAGACUCGCAAACAAAUAUAAUGUCGCCUAACCGGCCAUAAAGUCUAGUACUAAUUAAUUGUUUGGUUACGGCCACAUACGGUCACAACAUUUUUAAAUGUUGUCCUUGUAGUCAGAUUCAUUUAGAUUUCUAUCUCGUUUUAAAAUGCAAUACUAUAAGGCCUUAAAUCCAACUAAUUUUAGUAUAUUCAUACCAAACAAACUCAGUCACGAUUUUUUAUUUUUUUUUAUUUACGCAUUGUAAUGGCGUGUCAAGUGAUGCAGUUCUUCUUUUAAUUGCUGCUUGUCUGUAAUAAAAUAUUUCAUAAAUCUUG